AUGGGCUCCCCCACUCUAUUCAACCAUGAACUCAUAUCCCACAAGUUAAAGGAGAGAGUGUGGGUAGAUUCCGCCAGACGCAAAGCCAACAUGGCCAUUGCUGUGAAACUCAAUCGCAGAAAGCCCCAGAGCAAAAUCGAGACCUGGGAAUGGACUCCAAUGUUCAACAUCCCCAUGUCACCCAAUCCUGUGUGA